AUGGGGCCCCCGGGCAAUAGGGGAUCAUGGGCCCCUGUGUCCUUGCCCAAACUCAAAAAAGCCUUUGAAAAAGGUACCGGGGCAUCUCAUGGGGCCCCCUACUGACCCCGGGCCCUCGGGCAAGAAUACAGCCGAAUUUCUGGCUACUGUGUGAGUUGGGAAGAACAGUACCAAUCAGGGGUGGACUGACAACUCAUGGGGCCCCGGGGCAAUAGGGGACCAUGGGCCCCUGUGUCCUUGCCCAAACUCAAAAAAGCCUAUGAAAAAGGUACCAGGGGCAUCUCAUGGGGCCCCCUACUGACCCCUGGCCCUCGAGCAGUGCCUGAGUUUCCAAACGGUCAGUCCGCCCCU